AUGCCUCUCUCGUAUGCUCCGAGUUCGAAUUCAUUUUGGCCAUUUGUUCUCGUCUUUCUUACUUUCUCUUCCAUCUCGUUUUCCCUUCACCCUGCAUCCGCUGCUACUACCACCUCACAGAACCUCACUGACUGGCAGGACCUUCUAUCCUUCAAGUCUCUGCUGUCCGAUCCCCUGGGAUCCUUGGCCUCGUGGAACAACGAAUCCCUCCAUUUCUGUAACUGGUGGGGCAUCACUUGCGGCAGCCGGCGGCACCCGCUACGGGUCACCGCCUUAGAUCUCGACUCACAGGACCUCGCUGGUCCUAUAUCACCCUCCAUAGCCAACCUCACCUUCCUUAGACGAAUCAACCUCCCAAACAACCAACUCCAUGGACGAGUCCCGCAAGAGCUCAGCCUUCUUCCUCGGCUUGAAUACCUCAACCUUAGCACAAAUUCACUUGAAGGAGAGAUUCCAUCCAAUCUCAGUCACUGCCCCAACCUCAAGAGCCUGAGCAUAACGAACAACAUGGUUGAAGGAGAGAUACCCAGGGAGUUCAGCUCCCAUCGCAAGAUCCAAAUACUGAGUGCCAGCAACAACAAUCUUACAGGUAGCAUCCCAACUCUGCUGGGGAGUAGCCCCUCCCUCACUGUCGUUCGUCUACGAAAUAAUGGUCUUACAGGAGGCAUCCCACCUUUUCUUGCAAAUAGCUCAUCCCUUAUUGUUGUUGACCUUUCAAGCAACAGUCUCACGGGAGAAAUCCCGCAUUCACUUUUUAACAGUUCCUCCCUCCAAACCAUCGAUCUUUUUCACAACAAACUGACAGGUGGGAUACCAUCCUUCCUAAUGAUCCGUGCUUCUCCCCGCUUCGUUCUUCGUUUGUCAUCUAACUCACUCUCAGGAAGCAUCCCGCCAUCGUUGGGAAACCUCUCCUCCCUCCUCUAUCUUAACCUCAAUGAAAACAACUUGGAGGGAAGUAUUCCAGAAAGCUUAGGCAAGAUUCCGGGCUUAGAACUGAUCGAUUUAUCCACAAACUUCUUGUCCGGAAGAAUGCCGCCACCUCUUUACAACCUCUCGUCACUAACUCUUUUGGGUGUGGGCACGAACCGGCUCUCCGGGACCCUGCCACCAGACAUAGGCGUCACCCUUCCAAGCCUCCAAUCUCUGAUCACGCAAUCCAACCUAUUUCAAGGGCCUAUCCCAGCUUCAUUGUACAAUGCUUCACAUAUUCAAAUGCUUGAUCUAGCCACGAACUCGUUCAACGGAUUACUGUCCUCCAGUGUUGGAUCCCUGAAAAAUCUGGUCCACCUAAAUCUUGGGGAGAAUCAGCUCCAAGGCAAUAUUUGGAGCGUGCUCUCCUCUUUGACCAAUUGUAGCCUUUUAGAAGGGUUGUAUCUGGAAGACAAUAAGCUUGGAGGCACUCUCCCAGCAUCAGUAGGCAAUCUCUCUACACGGCUAGAAAAGCUGAUGGUAGGAGCAAACCAAAUAUCUGGGACCAUACCAAUUGAGAUUGGAAACCUUGUCAACCUUACCGUUCUAUUUCUAGAUAAUAAUCUUUUUACAGGAAGUAUCCCUCCUACCGUUGGAAGGCUUCGGAACUUAAAUCUCCUAGACAUGCAUAGGAACAAAAUUUCAGGCCCCAUCCCAUCUUCCAUAGGAAACCUCACCCAGUUAAGCGAGCUGUACAUGCAAGAGAACGAAUUGAGCUGCAACAUCCCUGCAAGCUUCGGAUACUGUGGAUAUUUAAAUAUAUUAAACCUUUCUCAUAAUGCACUUUCUGGAUCUAUACCGAAGGAACUUGUUGCUCUGUCCUCACUAACACGAGCUCUGGAUUUGUCGCAUAAUAAUCUCACUGGGUCCCUUCCCAUGGAAGUGGGUGGCUUGAUCAACCUCGCCUGCUUAAAUGUCUCCAAUAACCGGUUGUCAGGUGAAAUUCCUGGCACUCUCGGUGCUUGUCAGCAUUCGGAAUACCUUCGCUUGGAAGGCAACUUCUUUCAAGGAAACAUUCCACAAUCAUUCGUGAGCUUAAGAGGAGUCGAGGAGCUGGAUCUUUCUCGAAACCACUUGUCCGGGCGAAUUCCAGAAUUCUUCGGGUCCUUUAGGUUUUUGCAGUAUCUAAAUUUGUCAUUCAAUUACUUCGAAGGCGAAGUGCCUAAGGAUGGCGUCUUUGGCAAUUCAAGUGAGAUUUUUGUCGAUGGGAACAAGAGGCUUUGUGGAGGUGAUCCAAAGUUGCAACUACCACCAUGCUCUGUCCAAGCCUCCAAAAGAAAUCUAUCCAAGAUAAUAAUCAUAAUUAUUGCAGUUGUUGCGGCAAUCUUAUUCUUGUGUUUUCUGGUAAUUUUUUUGCAACUGAGAAAGGGACGUGAAAUAUCUCCAUCUGUGCCCUCCCUGGAAGAAGGGUUCAAAAUGAUAUCUUACACUGAUAUCUUCAGAGCUACCGGUGGAUUCUCUUCAGCCAAUUUGGUGGGUACUGGAAGUUUUGGUUCUGUAUAUAAAGGGAGAUUGGAUUGUGAAGAGAAGUUCGUUGCCGUGAAGGUAUUCAACAUUCAACGAGUUGGAGCUCUGAAGAGUUUUAAAGCCGAAUGUGAAAUCAUAAGAAAUGUUCGUCACAACAAUCUCGUUAGAAUCAUCACUUCAUGCUCGAGUGUGGACUCUACUGGUAAUGAUUUCAAAGCUCUAAUCUUCGAGUACAUGCCUAAUGGGAGUUUGGAUGAGUGGUUGCAUCCCAAAGCUCAAGAGUGUCAUCAGACAAGAAAGUUAAACCUGAGUCAAAGGUUGAACAUUGCCCUUGAUGUGGCGCUCUAUAUUAUCUACAUCACAGCAUUGCAGUGCCAGCGAUUCACGGUGAUAUAAAGCCAAGCAAUGUUCUUCUUGACAAUGACAUGACUGCCCACUUGGGUGAUUUUGGGCUUGCAAGGUUCCUCUCUACUUCGGGCUCCACGGCAUCCGAAAAUUCAACAAGCUUAAUGGGGAUAAAAGGAACGAUUGGAUAUGUUGCACCAGAAUAUGCAAUGGGCAGCCAGAUAUCCACACAGGGAGACGUGUAUAGCUAUGGAAUACUAUUGCUAGAGAUGCUUACAGGAAAGAAGCCUACAAAUGACAUGUUUAAGGAUGGCUUAAACCUUCAUAAAUUUGUCGAUAUGGCUUUCCCAGAAAGAGUCACGGAGAUUUUGGAUCCACAAAAUUUGCAAGAUGAAAAUGAAGAAGUUGAUGGCAACAUUAGAAAUGAAGAUUUUAGUAGAAUGCGACUGAGGAGAUGCGUAAUUUCAUUGAUUAGAAUUGGUCUCUUGUGCGCCAAGGAAUCACCGAAUGAACGACCGAGAAUGCAAGAUGUCACCACUAAAGUUCGUGCGGCCAAAGAAAUGUUAUCAGUAGUCGAAAUUAUUGAAGAGGAAGCAAAUUUGCCUGCAUGAAUGGGAGUGCACUAUAUAUUCGGGUUAUCGAUGUUUAAUAAAAGAGCAUGUUGUAACUAUUGCACAUUUUCUAGGUUCGUCUGCUUCUUUUUUCUAUUCCUUUUCGCAAAUAAGUGUGCCUUGUCAUCAUAUUAUGUACUUAAUUAAGCUACCAUUGCCUGGGACUAAUUUGAAGUUUUCAGGAAAGAACAAAUGAAGUUAU